AUGUGCCGCCUGAUAUCCCACGAACGCUUCCUCUCCUGCAACCACACCGUCCUCUGCCAUCUCAAACACCCUCUGCAACGCUGCCAUGCCCCCGACGGCCACCGAUUCCGCAACCCAGACCCCAGGGGCGAACCGAACCGCGCACCAAGCCGAUCCUGCGCAGAAGAGCACUGGGUGAGCGCCACCAUCGACACGACAGGGUACUGUCCCUCCUGCACGGAGCAGCAAGAGUACAAACGCCGUCUCCUCGAGCGAUUCAGCGAGGACACAGACGGCCACGACGGCGCCGGUGCUUCUGCCGGGGGGACGGUGAAGACGUAUGCGUGCGGCCACCAGCGAGUCCUGCUCUGGGCCGGUGAACUACAGGACUGCUUUGAGAGCAGGCACAAGACACGGGCGAGGAUGCAUCGUGUUUCCGACGUUGUGCACCGGACGGAUAACAGUAGCACGCGAGACCCGCCCUCGUAUGAAGAGGGCGUCUUCUCGUGGCGACGGUGGGAAGAGCUGCCGCUGAGCUGCGAGGAGAGCGUCGACGAGUGUCCUGAGUGUCGACGGCGAGCUUGUCUGGCUGCUGAGCUGCUUCAUCGUGGCCUCAGGAGGCGCAAACCUCUUGGGUUGUCUUUAAUCGUUGGUAGAAGUUGA